AUGAAUGGCCGAAGAAGAGAAAUUCAACAACAGUUGGAUUUAGGAGAAAAAGAAGAAAACGAACUGUUUAAAACUGAAAAACAGAAAAACACCAAAGCAAUCAAUAAGAGGAUUCUUGCCUAUUACAUCAUUAGAGUUUAUCAGGCCAUCAAGCAAGAUCAUGUUUACGUACCUUGGAGUGCCAUCACAUUGGACAAGAAAAACGAAAACAUUUCAACCGAUCUCACAAAAAUUCAUGAAGAAAUUUGUGUUGAAAUGGGCAGCGAUGAAGAAAAAAACUCUUGA